AUGCCCAGCGAACAGAUUCCAACCUCAAACCCGCCGGCUUUGCCAUCGCACCUCCCCGAUGGCGUCCUGGACCUGGCCGUACGGCUCCAGAGGAAGCCUCUGCCCGAGGAUGUGCGAAAUUCGCUCCGUGGCUUCAACCGCGCUGCAUGCUACAUCGCUGCUGCAAUGAUCUUUCUGCGCGACAAUGUCCUCCUGGAGUCAGAUCUGAGUUUGGAGCAUGUCAAGCCACGUCUCCUGGGCCACUGGGGCACUUGUCCCGGCUUGAUACUGGUCUGGUCGCACCUCAGCCUGCUGAUCCGCAAUCAUAAUCUCGACAUGAUUUAUGUUGUCGGACCCGGCCAUGGAGCCCCCGCUGCGCUGUCCGCUCUUUGGCUGGAGGGCUCACUCGAGCGCUUUUACCCCGGAGAGUACCCCCGCAGUCGCGAAGGUUUGAGGAACUUGAUCACCAGGUUCUCUGUGCCCGGGGGAUUCCCAAGUCAUAUCAAUGCUGAGACCCCUGGGUCUAUUCACGAGGGCGGAGAGCUGGGAUACGCCCUCGCCGUCUCGUUUGGCGCUGUCAUGGAUAACCCUGAUCUCAUUGUGACAUGCGUUGUGGGCGAUGGUGAGGCCGAAACUGGGCCGACUGCGACGGCGUGGCAUGCAAUCAAGUAUCUUGACCCGCGCGAGUCGGGUGCCGUCAUUCCCAUACUGCACCUCAACGGAUUCAAGAUUAGCGAGCGGACCAUCUUUGGAUGCAUGGACGACAAGGAGCUCGUCUGCUUGUUCAGCGGGUAUGGGUACCAAGUCUGCAUUGUGGAUGAUCUAGACAACAUCCAUGACGAUUUACAUACUGCCCUGGAGUGGGCACUCGCCGAGGUCAGAAAGAUUCAGCAGGCUGCGCGUUCCGGAGAGGCGAUUUCUAAGCCGAGAUGGCCAAUGCUAGUGUUGAGGACGCCAAAGGGCUGGACGGGUCCAAAAGAAGUCGACGGAAAGAUUAUCGAAGGGUCUUUUCACUCUCAUCAGGUCCCCCUCCCCAAGGCCAACAGCAGUGACAGCCAACUCAAGGCGCUGGGGGACUGGCUCUCGAGCUACAAGAUCAGCGAGCUGAUCCAGGACGGGAAGCCGGUCGACACGAUCUUGAGCAUCCUGCCUGAGGCAGACGACAAGAAGCUUGGCCAGGUCAAGACGACCUACGCCCCAUAUAUCGGUCUAAAAUCCGUCGACUGGAGCGAGUUCUCCGUUGAGAAGGGCACCGCCCAGAGUUGCAUGCAAGUCACCGGGAAGUAUCUCGACAAGGUCUUCCAGGAAAAUCCCACCAGCAUCCGCCUGUUUUCUCCUGACGAGCUGGAGAGCAACAAGCUCGAUGCGGUCCUGCAGCACACGCAGCGCAAUUUCCAGUGGGACCAAUUCUCACGGGCCAACGGCGGCCGCGUGAUCGAGGUGCUGUCGGAGCACGACUGCCAGGGCUUCAUGCAGGGCUACACGCUGACGGGGCGGACCGCGCUGUUCCCCAGCUACGAGUCGUUCCUGGGCAUCAUCCACACCAUGAUGGUGCAGUACUCCAAGUUUGUCAAGAUUGCGCGCGAGGUAAAGUGGAGAGGCGAUUUGCCGUCCAUUAACUACAUCGAGACCAGCACCUGGGCGCGCCAGGAGCACAACGGCUUCUCGCAUCAGAACCCCUCCUUCAUCGGCGCCGUGCUCAACCUCAAGGCUGAAGCCGCUAGGGUCUACCUACCACCCGACGCGAACUGCUUCCUCAGCACGGUCGAUCACAUCCUGCACUCCAAGAACAAGACCAACCUGGUCAUCGGCUCCAAACAACCCACGCCGGUCUACCUCUCGGCAGAAGAAGCCGCCGCUCACUGCCGGGACGGCGCUUCCAUCUGGCGCUUCGCCUCGUCCCCUGACCAGGGCCAAGACCCGGACGUAGUCCUGGUAGGCAUCGGCGUGGAAACCACGUUCGAAACAGUCAAAGCCGCCGAGCUGUUGCGGGUUCUCUGCCCGGCACUCCGCGUGCGCGUCGUCAACGUGGCAGACCUGAUGAUCCUGGUCCCCGAGACCAAGCACCCUCAUGCGCUGAGCGCGGAGCGCUUUACCGAGCUGUUCACGCGGGACAAGCCGGUGCUGUUUAACUACCAUGGCUAUCCGACUGAGCUGCAGGGCCUGCUGUUUGGUCGGGAGCGGUUGGACAGGAUGAAUGUGGCGGGGUAUAUUGAGGAGGGGAGCACCACCACGCCGUUUGAUAUGAUGCUGGUUAAUAGGGUGAGCAGGUUUGACUUGGCUGAGAAGGCGCUGAGGUUCGGGGCUGAGAGGAAUGAUAAGGUGAAGGAGGGGUUGGAGAAGUAUCUCGCGGGGGUGAAGGAGAGGGUGGAGAAGGUGAGGGAGUUUAUUAGGGACUUUGGGAAGGAUCCGGACGAUAUUUAUGACGUGCCCAAGUUUGACCAACAGGGGCAGUGA